AUGUCCGAGCCGGAGGUGCCUGCUUGCAGCGACCCUGCGGAGCCCCAGGCCCCGGCGGCGCCCGGGAGGACCGGCGACUACUACUGCGUGAGCGAGCGCCUGCCGCUGAGGUUCCACCACCCGGAAUGGUUCCGGGGCUACGGGGGCCGGCAGGCUGUCUCCUUGUACAGGACCAGCAACCAGACGUACGGGAGCCGGGCACCCACUGUGCAUGAGAUGCCGAAAGUGUUUUGCCCACACUCGAGCGCGUUUUCCAAAGAAUUUGCAGUGGGUGGAAUGUUCCAGAGCAACGCCUUGAACGUCUGCUUGGACAAGAGCCUGGUGACCGGCGUUGACAACUGUAUCACCCCCUGUGACCGGCUCAACUUCCACCCCAGUUACAACCCCAGCAGGCCGUCCUUCUGUGACUGA